GUAGCCAUUUUGGCUCAGAGCCGCGCGGGGCGGCGCCCUUUCCCGCACUCUUGAGUGGCCACGGUCUUCCGCUGAUGACGGGCGUUGUCAGCGAUGUGGAUGCGCAUCCCGCGGCCUGGGGCGCGCUGGCUGGCGCCGUCGAGCUGGCAGCGCGCGGGGCGGCUGCGGGCGCGGCGGGCUCAACGCGGCAUGUAGCGGCGGCUGCGGUGGCGGCCGCCGUCCGCACGGCCGUGGAAUCGCUGGCGCCGCUGGUGAUGGCCGUCGAGGCCCCUUCGGCGAACAUCGAGGAGCUCGCCCUCCGCUUCGCGGCGAUGGCCCCCGCUCUGCUGCAGGCCAUCCGCGGCCAGCAGGCAGGAGGAGCCGUCCGUGCGGCGCGGAACCUUGGCGCGCACGCCUUGCUGGGCGAUGGGGCCGCUGCGCUGGCGUCGGCGCUGGACCGGCCUACCUGCGCCCAGCGGGGCGGGCGCGCUGUGCGUGCUAGGCGUGCGGCGGCGGCAGGGCCAUGGCAGCCUAGCCUCCGCCGCUGCGCGGCAGGCCCAUCCUCGGCGGCCACCGUGUUCGAGGAGGUCUACAGCGAGAUGGACAAGUCUGGCGGUGGCUCAUCAGGAGGGAGCGGCGUGGGCCCAGGGCCUUGGGCUCGUGCUGCCGUGAGUCGGGCGAGGAGUGGGCCGCCCCCGCGGCAGGCGGCGGCGAUGCUGCUGCGGACGCCCCCUGGCGCCGCGAGCCCCAUGGUGAGGCGCGGCGCCAGGCGCCGCAGGCGUCGCCCCAAGUCCCUGGACGUGGUGAAGAUUGUGCGGUUCUCUGAGAAAGACGUGACCGACUCCGACGACGAUGGCGCUCCUGGCCCUGGCGAGCUGGAGGGCAGCGUCGGCGUCGGCCCCGCGGCCCCUGGGCCGCCUCCGCCCCCGGAGGCUGCGGACGCGCCUGCCCAGGGUCUGGGCGGCGGUGAGGUGCCUGGCGAGCGUGCGGAUCGCAGCGCCAGCGAUGCCCCCGCCUCCGUGGGCUCCAUGCGGUCGCCGCUUGGGGGCGUGCAGCAGGUGGACGCGUCCAACAGCUCGGCGUGCAGCACGAUCUGCUCGGACAGCGCUCGCCUCGACACCCAGAUUGUGCAAUACUUGGCUCGGAAUGAUGCGGCCCUCUUGAGCGGGGGCACGCAGGCUCCUCCUGCACCCUCCGCGUCGGAGGGCGAUGGCCUCUCGAGCUCGGAGGGCGUGUUCGUGUCGUUCCUGGACGGCUUCUCGGUGGCGGCGGUGGCGUGUGCGGCCAAGGGGCCGAAGUCGGGAGUUGAGUCACUCCUGGACUUGGCCGAGGCCCGCGUCCUCGGCGUCCGCCUCGGAGGUGCGGGUUUAGGCGAUCCCUCCGAGGGCCUGCCUUUCGUCGAGGAGCCCGAGGUCGAGUCCCAGGAGGGCGCGAAGUCCGUGGAGGCCGACCUGGCGGCGCACGGCGCGAAGGCCUCGCAGGGAGUGGUGGAGUCGACCGUGGGCGCAGUGCAGGCCCAGGCGGAGGUCGAGGCGCUCGGCGCCAACAUGCUGGCGAGGGAUGCCCUCCAGCGCGGCGACAUCGCCGAGGGCCUUCGGCUGCUGGAGGCGGCACAGGCGAAGCACUUGGAGAGCGUGCCCAGGCGCCCUUGCGAGUGCUCGGAGCGAUAUUCCUCCUUCCCCUGAUCGUGUAUAGGCUCUGUUAUUUUGCGCAGUGCUUGCAUGAUUCUGGUGUUGCGAAACGAAUGGGAUAUUGGGUAGUAUCUGUUCCUUUCAGUGCUGCACUAGGUGUGAUCUUGUGUAGUAUAUGCUCUUGUCAGCGCUGCACUUGAUGGUUGUCUUGUGUAGUAUUUGCCAGAGGCUUCGCCUUCUGUCUGUGCUGCGCUUGUCUGGGAGGGGGCCCAACGCGGCCUCCUCGGGAGGAGCGGCCCUUCCGCGGCCCCCCUCGGUUUUUGUUUCUCCCGCCUUGAAGGCCCCACCAACCCAUCCCAACCCUUUUUUUCUUCGGCACCUUGCAGGGCGGAUCGGCACGUGCUGGUCCUGGGGCCCGAGGGGCAACAUCGCCCGUCGUGACGAAGUUGUGACUCUGGGGUUAUCGUGGGAUCUCCUCGCACCUCUCCUGGUCGAUCUUGCCCCGAGGCUGGCCUCGUCCGAAGCGGGGCCAGCCUUGGGCCAGCGCCGGUGCGCAGCCUC